AUGGCAGAUCCUCUUCUAUCAUCAUUAUGUCGCAUCUGUCAUAUUAAUCCCACAAAGUAUACAUGUCCACGAUGCUCUCAACAAACAUGCUCACUUCCCUGCUCCAAACGUCACAAAGUCUGGUCAUCAUGCUCCGGUAUUCGUGAUCCUACUGUCUAUAAGCCGAGAUCACAAUUGGCAACUCCUUCGGGUAUCGAUCAUGAUUACAAUUUCCUCCAUUCAAUUGAGCAUCGAAUCGAGAGAUCGGAAAGAGAGAUUGUGGAAGAGCGAGGACUUGUAAAGAAAAUGGAACUCGAAUUGGCAAGACAAGGCCAAACGGACGAUAGAAGACGACCCAACAAAACCGUAGGGCACCAGCGCGAAGAUUUUAUUACUAAAAUGCUACAAAAUUCCGGAAUAACACUAGUCAAAGCACCGAGUGGAAUGUCUAGAAAUUUGGAGAACACAUCUACUUGGAGUAGAACCCAGAAGUGCAUGAAUUGGCAGAUGGAAUGGAUUCGAGAGCCAGAUGCGGGCGGGAGGAUACUGCAUAAGUCGAUAGACAAAUGGUCAAUCAACGAUACUUACUCAGUACUCCUGGAGGAGCAACGAAGAUUGAACAUGGCGCCAGAGGAAAAAGUUGCGUUGAAGAAGAGGAAAGCAAAUGAGUUGAAAGAGAAUAAGGCUAAGAGAAUCAAGUCAGAUGAACAUUCGUUGGAUAUCCCGCCGCUUUCCUCAUUUCAAGACUCGACUGGAGCUUGGAACGUAGUUUUGGAUCAGCCAACGAUAUUAACGGACCAGGAUUCCACUUACCAAGCCAGUACACCGCGGAAGCUUGAUCCCAAGUAUCAUUUCUAUCUCCAUCGACCAAAGACUCGAUCAUCAUAUCCUAAAGUAUUAGUACCUCUGGACCCAACACAGUCAAUAUCCAAAGUUCUGGAGAAUCGCACAGUCCUCGAAUUUCCUACCUUCUACGUUUUUGAAACAGACAAACUUUCCGACACAUUUAUGCUGGAAAAGGAUUAUAUUGAAGCUACUGAAGAUGGGCCGGAGAUGGAAUCUGAGGAAUCUGAGGACGAGGAUACUAGUAGUAGUGACUCUUCCUCGGAUGAAGAUGAAGAUGUGGAAAUGGAGGAUGGGGAGAUUGCACCAUGA